UUGCCUUCCACUGUUGCCCUAUCAGGGAAAGGUCUUAUCUGCUCUGAACGCUCUAAGAUGACCCACACAAGCAAAGGAGAGGCCAACAAAGGUGUUCAAAGGGAACACUUGUUCCGUAAAGAGAAAAAGAAAAGUGCAAAGCAGCAAAUUGAUGCAACCUUGGAAGAAAUUUACAAUGAACGUUAUGAGUUAAGCGAUGAAGAUGAUGAUAGUGACUGGGAUCCUUUAGAGAAACAAGUUAAGGCCGUGAAGUGGUUUUGUAUCAACUGCACCAUGGUUAACCUCAGUAAUGUUGUCCAUUGCUAUGCCUGUGGAGAGCACAAGGGUUCUGGAAUAGUUAGUUUGGGAUGUUUUGCCUCACCACUCAUGCCAGAGGGAGAUAUUGCAGCACUUGAGUUAGAUGCUACUGAGAAACCCAAAGGUUCAUUCCAGAAAGGGUUUCCAUCGGACUCCACCAUGGUUGGGUUUGAUGAGAGGAUGCUGCUCCAUGAUGAAGUUGAAAUGAAGUCUCAUCCUCACCCCGAGAGACCAGAUCGUCUUCGAGCUAUUGCCGCUAGUCUUGCUAGUGCAGGUAUAUUUCCUGGGAAGUGUUAUCCAAUUGCAGCAAGAGAAAUUACAAGGAAGGAACUUCAGAUGGUACAUGCUUUGGAGAAUAUUGAAGCUGUAGAAUUUACAAGUCGCCUGCAUGCCAGUUAUUUUACUCCCGAUACUUAUGCAAAUGAAUAUUCAGCAUGUGCUGCCAGACUUGCCGCAGGCUUAUGUGCUGAUCUUGCUUCAACAAUCUUCUCUGGCCGUGCUAAAAAUGGUUUUGCUUUGGUUCGCCCUCCUGGCCACCAUGCCGGCGUAAAACAAGCCAUGGGAUUCUGUCUCCUUAAUAAUGCAGCUGUUGCAGCAUUUGCAGCUCAGGCCGCAGGAGCAAAGAGGGUUUUAAUAGUUGACUGGGAUGUACAUCAUGGAAAUGGAACACAAGAAAUAUUUGAAAGAAGCAAAUCAGUUCUCUACAUAUCUUUACACAGACACGAGGGUGGGAAAUUUUACCCUGGUACCGGAGCUGCUAAAGAGGUUGGCUCCAUGGGUGCAGAAGGAUACUGUGUGAAUAUUCCAUGGAGCCGGGGUGGAGUUGGUGACAAUGAUUAUGUAUUUGCAUUUCAAAAUAUUGUGCUUCCUAUAGCCUCUGAGUUCGCUCCAGAUUUCACUAUUAUUUCAGCAGGAUUUGAUGCUGCAAGGGGUGAUCCCCUUGGUUGUUGUGAUGUGACUCCCGCUGGUUAUGCAUUGAUGACACAAAUGUUGAGUCCUUUAUCGGGAGGAAAAUUACUUGUCAUCCUAGAAGGAGGGUAUAAUCUUCGAUCAAUAUCAUCUUCAGCUACAUCAGUGAUUAAGGUCUUACUAGGUGAAAGUCCAGAAACAGACCUGGAUCGUUUUAUACCUUCAAAGUCCUGUUUAAGAACCAUAAUGGAGGUACUCAAAAUACAGAUGAGCUAUUGGCCAAUAAAGUUCCACUUCGACAAGCUGUUGUCACAAUGGGGAAUGCAAGCUUUUAAGAACACAAGUGUAAUCCCUCCUGCUUCUUCGAAACGUCCUGCUCUUACCCCUUCCUCAACUGUUCUUGCUGGUAGGGGUGAAGGAAAGGUGAUUGUGGCUGCUGGGAAGUUGGUUCCUCAGCAAGGUUCCUCCGCUGGCCAGGCUACCGAACACGCCAGGAAGCGUUCACGGAUUGAGAGUGGUGGUCAGCUGGUCCUAAUCGACCACGUUAUUGACUUAACGGCCCCUGAAUUGGAAACCAUGCAGUCUGCUCUUCCUCCUCGCCCGAAGAUGGGUUCUACUCCUGGAAAGGAAGGUGAUCCUGCUCUUGCUGAUACCUCGGUCAGUAGCCGGCUGACCGUGGAAUUCUCUGCCAUGGGCCCUCGUGCCGAGGGUCUCACACUGUUCGGGCAGACUGCAUCAUCUAUGUGGUGCAGCACUUCCCUGAAGGCCGGUGAGAACUUUACCAAUUUAGCUCAUUGGUCCGAUCUGGUCGAAGCAGGUCAUCUGGAAAGCAUCAAGGUCGGGACUUACUACCACAUGGCUUUCUUGGCCGCUGAGCGGGAGAUGACGCUUCUUGCUCAGGAGCGGGACAAUAGUCAGACUCUUCUGGCUGCUGCUCGCAAGAUGACCGCAGAUCUUCAGGAUCGGGCCAACAAGGGAGAUAAGGCCAGGGCUGAGCUGGCGGAGCUGGAGAAAAGACUUCAGCAUCGCGACCAGGAGAUAAGGGCUCUUAGGGCCAAGGUGGAAGCCGCUGAGGCUGCUGGUCUAAAAUUCAAGAAGAGCCAGCCCAAAGAGGGAGAGAGGUAUCUCGCUCCCUAUUCGGCCGAUGCUUCCAAGAUCACCCAACAAGCGGUGUUUGACUUCCAACGGGGCAAAGGGUUGAGCAUCGCUCUGGAGAAUACCGCUCGGGAGUUCCUUGGGAAACACCUGGGGGAAUUUUUGGAGAAAUGUGAGAACCCCUUGGUCGAUGGCCUGAAACUCCUGGACUCGUCAGCGGCUGGAAAAGCAUUUGCCAAUGCCAUGGCUCGGGACAUUCUUGUCAAGUGCCAGGACAUGAUCGUUGAUCGGAACCUCGAGGUGAUCAAUGUGCAUUUUCCUCAGCCAUUCGAUCCUGAAGAGGAGGACUUCGAUGAGCUGUUCUGCCGGGCUUACAAGCGGGUGAUGGAGAAAAGGCAAAAGGCAAAAGAUUCUGCCGAGCCUUCAAAUUCCAAAUCUAGUGCAUCUCCAAAUGAGGAUCCUCCCGCAGCAUAGCUUUUUGUCUUUUUACUUUGUUUAUUCCUUCAUUCUUUUGUAUUUCCCGGCCGGUAGUGCCGAAGAAUAAAGACAUAUUCUUCGUUCGAGAUUGAUUCACCGAUCGUGCAGAUCAUUAAAUAAGUUUUGGUGAAUUACUUAGUUAAUGCCUGCCAUCUUCCAAACCCAUAAUUCCGAUGCAACCCGUUCGGUUCUGCCGUUCCGGGCCAUCCAUAUUAAGGGUUUGAGAUGUCCAUUUUCAAACUAAACACAAAAUCUCCUGUACGGGUCAUUUUUGUGCUUCAAGCUAAAUUGGAGACUUACCUCCAAGUUAUAGCUCAAAUUCCACCAUAACGAUUUCCUUUCGUCGUGGUUCGUCGAAGCUAUAGACUGAGACAAGAUUUAAAAAACCAGAGUCCCGACUCGCCGCUCAGUCACCCGUGUCAUCGAAUGUCGCCCGGUUUGUCCUACUCGUAGUUUUACACCAUCUCCUAAACUGGCUUGGAUCCCCUGCUCGGUCAUCCAGAGCACAAGGUCAAGUCCUAGCUGAAAUGGUGGCUCCCUCCAGAUGAAGAUGGUGGUUCUCAUUUGUUAUUCCAGAAUAAUUGCCAACAGUGCUUGAUCGAGGUGAGGCUUCUGGCCAUGGUUGUGAUAUUGCCGCUCGGCUCUUCUGACCUGGUUUAUCCAACUUUUGGCCUUUUGUGGAAGUACAACUCUCCCUCUUUAUGUAUCUCAUGUACACAUUUUUUUUCAAGAGGUGUCAACAACCGUUUUUAUUGAUAAAACUUCCUUAGAAGUUCAACAUUCCAUGCUCCUGCCGAUCGGCCUUCGGUAGUCUGAAGGCAGAAUGUCCUGGUGGCAUAUUUCUUCUCUACCCGGUAGGGGCCUUCCCAAUUUUUUGUCAUCUUCCCGCGUUCCAGCGGUUUGCUCUUUUCUCUUUUCUUCAGGACCAAGUCUCCUACUUGGAUUGAACGGAUUUUGACCUGUUUGUCAAAGUAUCUCUUGGUUGCUCGGUGAUAUUCCUCCAUUCGCAGGACUGCAAGGUCCCUUCUUUCUUCUAUAAAAUGGAGUUCAGCACGCAAGUUGUCCUCAUUCCGUUCAGGAUCAUAAUGGACUGUCCGGUGUGUGGGUACCAAGACUUCAGUUGGUACUUUGGCCUGGAAUCCAUAGGCAAGGGCGAAUGACGUCUCUCCGGUGGCCGUUCGGGGUGUUGUCCGGUAGGUCCACAGGAUGUAAUUCAGCUGUUCGGGCCAGGUGGAGACAUAGUCUUCUAGCUUCUUUUUCAUACCAUCCAUGAUGGUUCAGUUCAUGUUUUCCACUUGGCUGUUCGCCUGGGGGUAUGUCACAGAGGCUCUGGAGUGUUUAAUUCCCCACUUGAUGAGGAAAUCUUCAAAGUUCCUGCUCACGAACUGUCUUCUGUUGUCAGUGACGACCUGCUCGGGAAGCCCAAACCUGCAAAUAAUGUUUUGCCAAACAAAACGUUGGCACUAGAAAUCUGUGAUGUUGGCCAGUGGUUCGGCUUCUACCCAUUUGGUGAAGUAGUCAAUCCCCACAAUGAUAUACUUCCUCUCCCCUGAAGCUGUGGGUAGGGGCCCUAGCAAGUCAACCCCCCACCUAGCGAAUGGUUAAGCAAUAGUCAUUGGGGUGUAGAAUGAUGCAGGCCGUCCGGGAACCGGUGCAUAGAGUUGGCAGAUUUUGCACUUUCUGGUGUGCGCAAAACAGUCUUGCUGGAUGGUCGGCCAGUAGUAUCCUUGCAAAAUGAUCUUCCUGGUCAGAGUCUUUGGCCCUUGGUGGCUAGAACAUAUUCCUUCAUGGAUUUCUUCCAUCACAGUGACUGCUAUGUCGGGCGGGAGACAUCUUAGAUAAGGCCCCCCAACGUCUUUUUGUAUAACUGUCCGUCCACCAGCUCAAACAUUGGGGCUCUCCUUUGGAUGCUUGUCAAGUUGUAAACAUCAUUUUUAUCAUUCGGCAGUGUCCCGUCCUUCAGGUAAUUGAUCAUGUCUGUGACCCAACUCGGCACUGCAUAUGAGAUAGCAUCUACCCGAAGGAUCAUUGUUGCUGCGUGGUUAGUACCUCUCGGUGCGCAAACUUCUGGAUAUGUGCGGGAAUGCCUCGAGUCCGCUCAUCCAAAGCAGCAUGCUCCAGUUUUGACAGGAUAUCUGCCUCAGCAUUUUCUAUCCUGGAGACCUGGUCGAGGACCACUUGUUUAAACUUGUUAAUUUGCUCCUCGACCAGCUCCUUGUAAGCCUUCAAUCUUUCUUCUCUGGCCACUGCGGACCCGUUCACUUGGCUUACUACCAGCUGGCUAUCUGACCGUACCUUCAGCCGGUCAGCACCAGGGCCUUAGCAUAUUACAAACCUGCAAUAAGGGCCUCAUAUUCGGCCUCAUUGUUAGUUACCUUGAAUUCAAAGUGUAUAGAAUAAUAUGCUUUAAACCCUUCGGGGGAUGUGAUUACAGCUCCCCCGCCACAACCUUUGGCACUGGAAGCCCCAUGUACAUACAACUCUCACCAAUUGUCCAAUGCUUCCCUGUUCGAGCCUUCCUCUGUUGGCCGAGCAGUACAUUCAACAAUGAAAUCUGGUAAAGCCUGACCCUUGAUAGUAGGGCGAGGUUUAAAAUCCACUUAAUGUUGCCCGAUCAGGAAGGACCAUUUGGUUAUGCGCCCGCUCGCCAUUGGGUUCCUUAGUAUAGUGGCAAGUGGCUGGGUUGUGUAGAUGGUGACUGGAGGUGCUUGAAAAUAGGGUGCUAGUCGUUUGAUAGCCGCGAUCAGGGCUAGGAUGGUCUUCUCCAUCAGAGUGUACCUGGUUUCAGGCCCGUUUAGGGCUUUACUCACGAAAUAAAUCGGGCGCUGGACACCCUCAUCUUCUUUUAUUAAUACCGAGCUGACUGCAAGAUGAGCCACGAGUAGAUACAUGUACAGAUGUUCCCCUGGAUCCGCUUUUGUCAGGACCAGGGGGGGAUAAAUAAAGCUUAAAAUAUUCAAAAGCAGCUUGACACUGUUGUCCAUUCGAACGGGUUGGCUUUCUUCAUUAUUUGGAAAAAUGGAAUUGCCCGAUCAGCCAGCUUGGCAAGGAAUCUGCUCAGGGCGGCCAACCUCCCAGCCAGCCUCUGAACCUCUUUUAAAUUCCUGGGUACCUGCAUGUCCAUGAUUGCUUUAACCUUUUCUGGAUUUGGCUUAAUUCCCCGCACGCUCAUCAUGUACCCCAAGAACUUGCCUCCCUUGACUGCAAAGGCACACUUCUUGGGGUUCAGCCUCAUGUUCGAUUUCUGCAUGAUUUCGAAAAAAUUUUCUAUGUCCUGCACAUGGUCCUCCUUUUUCCUGCUCUUGAUCAUGAUAUCAUCCACAUAAGCUUCCAUGGUCACCCCAAGCACCUCUUUGAAGAGCAUCUCAAUCAUCCUCUGAAAUGUAGCCAUUGCAUUUUUCAACCCGAACGACAUGACUAUGUAACAGAAUACGCCGUCUGAGGUGACGAAUGCAGUUUUCUUCGCAUCAUCCGGGUGCAUGAAGAUUUGGUGAUAUCCCCUGAAAGCGUCCAUGAAGCUCAACAGCUCGCAGCCUGCUGUUUCAUCCACCAACAUAUCAAUCCUCGGCACAGGGUAAGGGUCCAUGGGACAUGCCUUGUUCAGGUCAGUAUAGUCCACACACAUUCUCCAAGUGGACCCCUUUGGUGCAAGGACCACAUUAGCCAGCCAUUCCACAUGUAUGACUGGCUUAAUGUGCCUUAUCUUUAGCAGCAUGGCUACCUCCUGCUUUGUGAACUCCCGCCGUUCGAUCGCCUGAUACUGUUUCUUUUGUUGUACGGGUUUGGCAUCAAGCCGAACGGCCAACUUGUGACAGAUCAGCUGUGGGUCAAUCCCGGGCAUGUCUUCAGGUCCCUGAGCAAAUAGAACCUAGAACCUUUUCAGGGCCGCAAUUACCCCCUCCCGUAUUUCCUUCUCAAGGUUCAUCCCAAUCUCUACCUUUCGUUCGGGGUGGGGGGGUGGGGGGGGGGGGGAAUCAAGCUCGAUAUAUUCCAAGAGAGUGGCAGGCCCGAGGCGUUCCUCAAAUUCUGUCCGCCGAGUCUGUACUUCAAUACUGUUUUGCCAGACAAAUCGCUUACACUGAAACUCUGUAAUGCUAGUCAAGGGUUCGGCCUCGGGCCUCCACCCAUUUGGUGAAAUAAUCUAUCCCCACAAUAAUGUACUUCCUUCCCCCGGACGCCGUAGGUGGGGACGCUAGCAAGUCGAUCCCCACCUAGUGAACAACAUGGCUGUGGUCAUUGGUGUAUAGAAGCUGGCGGGCCGUCCGGGCACCAGAGCAUAUUGUUGACAGAUCUUGCAUUUCCUUGUAUGAUGGAAACAGUCCUGCUGGAUGAUCGGCCAAUAAUAUCUCUGCAAGAUGAUCUUCCUUUCCAAUGUUUUCGGGCCCUGGUGGCUCGAACAAAUUCCUUCAUGGAUUCCCUCCAUGUCUGCCUCUGCUAGGCCGAGCGGGAGGCACUUCAAAUAAGGUCCCCCGAACGUCUUCUUGUAAAGUUGUCCAUCCACAAGUUCAAAUUUCGGGGCCUUCCUCUUUAUCAAGUUCAGCUUGUUGGCAUGGACCGGGUUCGUAAUUACCGGGAGAGUUCAAUCCCAUAUGUAGUUUGCCAGCUCAGUAACCCAAUCUGGUUCGGCGAAGGAUACUGCAUCCACCUGGAGCACCAGGGUGGCUGGUGUUCCCAAAAUCUCCCUCCGGGCCUGAUCGUCCAGUGCAUCGUUCCCCAAUUUCGAGAGAAUGUCUGCCUCUGUAUUACCAUGUAUACUCCGGAUAAUAAAUAAUGCUAUUUAAUGUGAAGUAAUAGUGAGUAGAAAAUGUGAGAAUUAUGUGAUAGUCAUAAUUCUUCUCCAAAUUUUUAGGGUUAAAUAGGGUGAAUAAAAGACUUACUAUAUGGGGUGAAUGCAUACAUCCACGAACAAUAUAUUGGAAAUAAUAACUAAUAG